AUGCGUUUGAGGGAACUCAUUCGUUCUGUUCGAAUGUGUAAAACACCCACUGAGGAGCGUGAGCUUAUUAAUCGAGAAUCCGCAUGGAUUCGCAAAGAAUUUAGGGAAGGGACACCGUACUUACGCACCCGCAACAUGCUGAAAUUACUAUAUGUUGGUUUGCUAGGCUAUCCAACGGAGUUCGGCCAGCUUGAGGUGAUCAACCUGCUUUCCCAGCCUGAUUUUUCGGGAAGACGAAUUGGCUAUCUUGCUCUACAGAUCAUAAUGGAUGAGAACGAUGAGGUUUUGACCUUAUCGGAGAAUAGAAUGAUCUCCGAUAUGGCGAAUGGGAGUCCGCUUCUUCAGGCCGUCUCGCUCAAUGCCGCGGCGAACGUGGCGAGUGCAGAUAUGUCGUGUGAUAUCUUCGAGAAGGUGAACCGCCUUUUGGAUUCGAGUAAUCUGUACAUCCGGCGAAAGGCCUGUCUUGUGGCGCUUCGGAUUGUGCGAAAGAAUCCCACCUACGCCGAGCACUUUCUCGAGCGUUUGGUGGAUAUCUUCUCUCCGAGCCGUUUCGGCCAUCUUCUCUGCUCUUUGGCGCUUAUUAAUGAGUGCUUGCAAAGUGAGGCGGGCGCGGUGUUUUUGCCGCGGUAUCGCAAACUCGCCCCCGAUGCGGUAAAUGCGCUGAAGCGGUUGGUGCUUUCGAUGCGCGUCACCGAACGCGAUAUUGGGGAUAUUUCCGAUCCUUUUCUGCAGGUCCGAUUGUUGGAAUUUAUGCGUAUCAUCGGCAAAGGCUCCCGCGAGGAGUCGGAAACCUUCAAUGAUAUUCUUACCCAGAUCAUCACCAACACCGAUUCCUCCCAGAGUGUGGGCUGCGCGAUCGAAUACGAGUGCGUUCGAACGAUCAUUUCGAUCGAGAGCGAUAAGGAUCUUAGCGCGCUCGCCGUGAAGAGGGUCAGCGAAUUUCUUUCCAACACGCAGAAUAAGAAUCUUUGUUUUGUGGCCUUAGAGGUAUUGCUGAGCUACGCGCAGAAGGAUCCGGAGCGGGUUUUACACCAUCAGUCGACCAUUUUGGACUGUUUAAAGGACGGUGACGUUUCGAUUCGGCGUCGCGCGCUGGAGUUGACGGUGCAGUUGAUCACCGCGGAGAACGUUCGGCUGCUGGUGCCGGAUUUGCUUCUUUACAUCGGCCUCUGCGCGGAGGAGAUGCGCGAGGACGCUACGCUGCGCAUUAGCCAAAUUAUCGAGGAGAAAUACCCCACCGAGGAGUGGCGGAUUGAGAUGUCGAUUAAGUUGUUGGGGCUGGGGCGGCAGCACGUCGCGGUCGGCUUCGCGAUUCGCCUUAUCGCGUUGAUUUCGAAUCAGCCCGGGGAGGUGCAGGCCCGCGUAGUACGGGCGCUCUGGGGGGAGGAGUCGAUGGCCUUCGACGCCACGCAUCAAUCCCGCCGCGCGUUUAUGCUCGUCGCGCUCUGGACCAUCGGCGAGUACGCGGCGUUCCUCCUCCAGGGCGAGGUCGGGCUCACUUCGGAAAAAAUCGUGGAAUUGCUCGGCACGAUUACCGUCAACUCGUCGGAUCGUUUGAUUAAACUUUACGGGGUGAACGCGCUGAUGAAAAUGGCGGCGCGUUACCCGGCGGUGAAGUCGACGGUGCUCGGUAUCUUUUCAACCCUCAUGGGAAGUCUGGAUUGUGAGCUCCAACAACGCGCCUGUGAAUACACGACGCUCCUGACGGAGUUCCCGGAGGAGGCGGCGUUUAGUUUUAGCCCCAUGCCGCCUAUUCGCUUUCAAAAAUCCGUGGAGCUCUUCCGCGUCGCGGAGUUGAACGCGGGAGUGACGGAAACGACUUCGAAUCAACUCAAGGCCGAUCUCGAUGAUUUGUUUGGAUUUUCCGAUCAACCCUCCCCUCAACCUACUGUCAUCUCUUCUGGUUCGCAAGAUUUCAUUUCUCCCUUUUCUUUACCUAAGGAAAAGGUAUUCUCGUGCGCAAACUUUGUGGUGAGCCUUUCUGAUUCCAAGGUGCAAGAACGUACUGCGAUGGUAGAGUUGUCAAUACAAUCUACUUUGGGGGUUCGAAUAGAGAAUCUUUUAGUGCAGGCUGCGGUUCCAAAAAAGUUUAAUGUUAGAUUGGCGCCAUUAGUUUCUUCAUUUAUUGAGCCUCACGGAAAAUUUAUCCAAAAAGCGGAAAUCGACAUCGCUGAAGAGAUAAAUAAACUUCCUGAUGGUAUACUACGGAUUAAGAUAUCGUAUUCGGUGGAUGGGGAGCCGCGAGAAGGCGAAUUUCAGAUUUAA